GUGGCCUUCUCUCUCCUCCCUCAUGGCACACUGAAGAAGAUGUGGGUCCUGGGGAACGACCCCACCAGACCCUGCAUCGCUCAACUCAUGACCCAUGACCCUGUGCCUCCCUCCACUAAGGCUGAAGGGCUGGACUGGGCCAAGACUGUGGCUCUGUUGCCCACCUCCUCUGGCACGACGGGCCUGCCCAAGGCUGUCAUGGUGACUCACCGUAACUUACUCAUCAACCACCUGAGGAGCCAGUACCAAAGUGUUGUUAACCCAAGCGCCAGUGAGGGGAGAAAGGAGAUAUUUAAGAGUCUCUUGUUGGUGCUGCCUGUGUGUCAUCUCUAUGGCUUCGGUAUAGUUAUGGGACGCCUCUUGGCUGGUGGUACAACCAUCUUCCUCUCAAAAUUCUCACCCAAGAGGUAUUUUGAGGUCAUCCAGGAUUUUAAGGCGAGUGUGAAAAACUGAAAGGCGUAAAAUGAGAAGUUG